UUACAAGUUGCAACCUUUGCAGAAUGGCAGAAUCUAUCAAAGGGUUUCAAGAUUUGGCCAACGUCUCCUCUCUCCCUCUCCAACUCUCCAUAUCACUCCACAAUGUAUCGACGCUCGCCAAAUUCUCUCUAUCACUCCAUUCUCAGGCGACCUUUUGAGAAAUUAACAAAACCCAAUUCUCCGUUUCCGUCGAAAUACUUUUCCAAACUACCCGGCGUUUCAGAGCCGAAUCCAUUCUUGAAACCCUCGAGGACCAUCGGUUUUCUUCAUCCCGCGAGCUUGAACUCGUCGACCCACUUCAAGGUUUUCCACAAUCUGCGGCUAUACAGUGUCGAGACCGACAAAGAAGUCGACAAGAUCAACCUCAAGUUCGCAGAAGCUAGGGAGGAGAUAGAAUCGGCUAUGGAAUCUAAAGAAACUGUGUAUUUCGACGAGGAAGCUGAGUGUGCACGCGCCGCCGUUAAGGAAGUUCUGGGCUUGUACGAAGGGCUAUUGGCGAAGGUGAAUGAGAACGAGAAAGGGGUUAUACAGAGAUCCAUGGGGCUCAAGAUUGAGCAGUUAAAGGCUGAGCUUGAACAAUUGAAUGAAUGAUUUACUACGGUUUUUUUCGUUUCUUUGAGGUUUCAUUACAAUUUAGGAUUAUUAUUAUGUAUUUUUAUUUAAUUCAGAAUUGGCCCAAAAAACAAUGAUUUUAGCAAUGAUCAUUCAUGUUCAUUGCCUUUGAGUUUACACUAAUGUAAUAAUCUCUUUCAGGGGUCCCCUAUCAAUUUUAAAAUUUGCAAUUUUAUAAAAGGGGCCACUCUUUUUCUUUUUA